AUGGCUACUGACAAUAUGUUGCAAGACUACCAUUCCGAUGACAAGCUCGAAAAGUAUGCAGCGACAUUAGUUGAUCUAAAAUCACCCUCAAUCAGUACCCGAUACUAUACCCUCUACUCAUCACUGCCUAGUCUGAAGGACAAGACUGUGUUCGAUCUGCCGUGUGGACUUGGAUUUAAAGCUAGGAGGUUUAUUUCAGAGUACGGAGCAAGAAAAGUGGUGGGAGUAGACAUUGUUCAGAAACAGCUGGACCUCUCAAGACAGUCGGACCUGAAGGCAGGUGUACAGGAUGGACGAAUUGAGUACGUUUGUCAUGAUGCAUUGAUUGCCAAAGAGAUAUGUCAAGCUGAUAUCUGCGUGGCUGUGCAUCUUUUCUGUUUUGCCAAAAAUUUUGACGAGCUCGUUUCUAUGGCAUCUUGUGUGAUCAUGAAUCUAAAAAAAGGCGGACAGUGUUAUUCUACCACUUGUUCCCUCAGCAAGGUAGACGAGCACACGAUAAAACUAAAAUUAGAGUCAUUUGAUCACAUUGUUACUCGUGUCGACCCGCUGCAUGAUAGCAUUUUAGUUCCUCGAAGACUUAUUUUUGUGCAUGAUGGUUUUAACUACGACUCAUAUGCGUGGGACGCUGAAGCAAUCAAGAAGGCUCUCUUAAUGGCUGGUUUCUCUCGAGUUGAGCUGUUCCCCCACAAGUCCGACCCGGAGUACGGUGGUCCCUAUAACCUUGAUGAAUACAUGAAGACAGUCGAUGGACACCUAAUGAUAGCUGUCAAGUGAACAAUUGUGUGUGUGUGUGUGUACGUGUGUAUGUGUAGGAGUUACUGACAUGGCUUUUGCUUUGUAUGUUAGCUGGAUUACAUACGUUAAAAGAUGUCAUCUGGUGAAGCUG